AUGAACGACCCAUCGCAAGGAGUCGCAGGACCUCUGCAAGCACAUGUCCAUCUUGUUUCCCUCCAUCGCUUCCCCCUCAUUGCCUCGCUCAACCUCGAGCAGGCCUUCCGAUACCUUCUCGAUGCGCCCUCGAUUGUCAAGCAGAUUGCGCCCAUGUCAUGGAACUACGUGCAACCACCCCAGGACGGCACCGUGUGGCUGGAGUGGAUCUCUCAGCAUAAGAACGACCAACCAUACCCAUCAGAUGGCUACGUGUGGGGAGAUCCAGAGCAGGCAUAUAGGCAAAGCUUCGGGGGAUACACCAUUGAGAUGCGGGUACAUACGGUGGGCUUCCGACAAGGAUACGACCAGAUGGCGACACAUGCGCGCACGCGAUAUCACUUUGUCGCGAAGGAUCCUACCGUCAGCGCAUCCAUGCCAGACACAUCACUUUGGCUUGUGCACUACCACCAAGCCGAUCAGAGCCGAUUCAUGCCCUCCAACCAGGUCCCAACAACACCACAAAUCCAGCAGACAAUGGCGCAAAGAAGAUGGCUCGAGAGCCAAGGCAGGCUGGAACGCAGGGACUUCAUGUUGCACGAUCGCGAUCAUUGGCCGACUUUGAACGUGCCUGGACAGAUGCAGCAGUCUGCGCAGUACGGCUCAAUGGCCAUGCAGAAUCGCUACCCACAACAACACGCAGCGCAAGCUGGCAGAGAACCUGCACCCAAGAGGCCGCGCACACAAGGUCCAGGGAUGCCGGGCUCGAGCGAUGGACCACCAGAUACUAGCAUUGAGAUUGAAGAGGACACUGCACUCGGCGACUUCUUUGACCACCUCACACAACGCGAUAUCAGUGUCGCGAGAUACAGCCAACACCACCGCUGGAUGGAGGAGGUCUUCUCAUCACCCUACGCAACAAGCCAGAUUGUGCCUCCAGAUCUUGGCAUGGGCCUGAUGGGUGAGCUCAAAGGCUUGACUGACGGCAUCCUCGACCCACCAUCUCUCGAUUUUAAGGAGGUAACAGAAAAGCCGAAGAAGGCACCAGAACCGCAGCCCUUCACGAACCUGAAGAAAGAGCAAGUAGAGGAGUUUGGCAAGCGCGUGCAAAAGCACCUCGAGGCAGGACAAGCAGAAAUCGAGCGCAUGAAGGCAGAGCACGCCGCGAAGAUGCAAGAUUGGAAGAAGGUCAAGUCGCUAAUGCAGGCAGAAAAGAGGUUGAGGCAUGCCAUGUGGGACGAGCAAGAAGAUGCUGUGCCGGUCUUCCGGCUGGAAAUGCCCGCUGCGAAUGGCAAUGCUGAGGAGAACUUGCGGCAAGAGAAAGUGGAUGAUGUGGUCAAGGAGGUUGAGAGUCUUCUCAAAGUCAAGGUCACAUCGUCAGAAGGCGCAACGAGGAUAGCCAGAGGUGGCUUCAGGGAGAGGAAACAGCCCGAAUACAACGAGCAGACCAUGCAGCAAGACAAUGCGAUAAACGGCCUGAUCAACGACCAGCAACAGACCUCGACCACCACGUCUACGCCCGGCGCGAACGGCAUGUCUGCGAUGCAGCAACAAGGCUCAGCAAUCGCGACCCCACAGACUGGCGACCAACAAAAUUUAAACGUGUCAGCGCAAGCACGGGCAUUCCAACAGCAGACAUCAAACCAACCUACACCAAACACUAUGGGGUCGGGCCAUGACUCACAUGAUCAAAACGACGCUUCCAGUAAUGCGCUGGGCGACAUGACUGGUAUGGAUAUGGGCGAUACACUUAUGGACGGCAUGGAUCUGGACGUUGACCACGGCGACAUGGUAGACUUCGGCGACGACAACGGGGAUGAUCUCGGACAAGGAAACGACUCAUCCAUGCCUCAAGCGAAUCUCGAAGCGCCAGGAGCAGAAACAGACGCCAUUUCAGCUCAGCCAUCGGCCACUGGCAUACCGAGCAAUCUUGGUCAAGACACAGCUCAGCAGCAACAGACGCAACCUCAGCAGCAGCAAACAGGAAUAAGUCAAGAUGGCUUUGGUGGUGGGUUGAGCGAUACUGGGGACAACAGCAUGUUCAAUGAUAACACCUUUGACGAUCUGGCGAACCUUGAUGGUAAUGAUGAUGGUCUCAUCGACUUUGAGGGCGGAGGUAUGGGGAUGGACGACAGUGCGUUUGGUGAUGCGCUGCAUGGCAUGGACGAUGGAGCAGGGUCUGGGAAUGGUAGUACGCCAGCGACUGGAGGAGGACAGUAG